CGGACUUGAAAAUGUAACUUCCUGGGCGACAUUCCAAUUAUCUUUCUUUCACCCGAAGUGUACGGUUGUAAAGUCCCAUUCAUGAUUCUAAAUACAAUUGAUUGAUCGGUUGUGAGGAAUUUAGAAAGACUACCUUCAGCAAUGCUUGCUCUAAUCCACUGCUUUUGAAUGCGUGAAGGGAAGUUUUUGUUUAUUUACUAUUCAUAUCUGCCCAGGCAGCAGUUGCUAGUGCACGCUCCAGGAGAAGGCAAGAUAAUAGGAAUGCAGCCCUAAGUAUACUUGUGCAGCCGCGACUCCGACUGAUAAAACACCCAAACAGCUGUGACUUUCAAUUUUGAUGAUUACCAAACGUUCAAGGAACUGGUUCAGUUAGCUUCUAGUUAAGUCAUCUUGUGAACAUGUUUGGUGUUCAGGCUUGACUCGAUUAUACUAGAGCAGUGGAGGGAACAGUGUAUGGACUAGGCAAUAUGGAUUCUGAAGUCUCCGUGCUGUUGCAGUGCACGGCGUGGGGUGGUCUCCUGGAACCACAGGUGCAGGUGGAGCUUUCCGCAAGGUUUAACCGUCGGACAGAGCCAGCACUGGAGCGACACAUAGAGGAGGUGUGGAUUGAGAGGGUGAACAGGGAGCCUUGGCUUUUCAAUGGGGCCAAAUUCAGGCUGCACUCAUACAGCAUAACUUCAACUUCGCUGACCUGCAUGGACGGAGCAGGAGACAAACGUGACAGUCCAAGUUGUAUUCAUGAGGAAGAGGAGGGCUUACAAAAGACAGCAGGGAGUGCUGACCAUGGAAGAUCAAAUGUGCUCACACAUCAAAUAAAUGAAAUUAACAAAGUUGUACACGAACAGCAUAAUGAUACAGAUUUGAUUAGCUAUAAGCAGAGAGCAGGGUACCUCAGACCCGCACAUACCCCCAGCCUAGGUAUAGGUCCACCUUCAGGCAGAAGUAAAACAGAGACCCAACCAUGCCUACAGGGAGAUGUGAGUGAAGGUGAGGCUCCCACUCCCAUUCUGACCCUAAGGCUGGGCCUAACCUGCUAUAGGGAUUUCCUGGGUACCAACUGGUCUCAGAGAUCAGAGGAGCUACGCCAGCGCGGAGAGGCAGAGUUUGGGGAUCCUCUAGCCCUAUUGGCCCAGCCUCUGGGGGUAGGUGGAGUCCUUUGUACUUCUGACAGAAAGGUGGUGUUGAUCAGGAGGAGCCAGAAGGUGGCAGAGGCAAGGGGGCUGUUGGACAUCCCUGGGGGACACCCAGAACCCAAGGCGGUGUGUGAAGGACUGGCUGGUGUGACCGAGGACAAGAUCAGAGUGGAGAUGCUGCAGCAGAGGCAGGAGGCUGUGGUCAGGGAGCUGUUCUCUUCUGUCAGUGCAGAGAUCAGAGAUGAGGUGAAUGUUCCCUUAAGGUCUUUGGGGGAGCCGAUGCUCAUGGGCAUUGCUCUAAAUCACACCAGUGCAGGCAGACCCAGUGCAGAGUUCUACAUCAGUUGUUCACUGACAUCAGCAGAAGUUCAAGAGCUCUACUGGAAGGGGGGUGUUGAGGCCCAUGAAUCUACAGACAUUGUGUUCCUAAGAGAAAAGCAUCACUGUUGGACACAAUAUCCUCACAGAGAAGUCCUUGCUCACCACCCAGGGUGCUCAACGUCCAAUUUCCCACUCCGCAAAAAUGGGCUCCAUGCUCACAGGAAAAAAAACUGCAGCCCCGCUAACCGUUUUGUUUAUAAAACAACUUAAGCACCCCAUCUACUUGUGAUUAUCUAGGCAAAAAUUUGGUUUCGAAAUUGGCUACAUAAGGAAAGAGCUAUUAACAAAUAUAAAGAAUGGUGAUAAAAGACUAUCCUCAGCAAAAACCUGUCCAGAGCUCAAGGCUGAACAGAGAUUUAGUGCAACUGGAGCAGAUGAGAGAGCCUUCAAACAUUUUGGAAAGCAGCUCAAGCCAAAUGUGCAUCCCCCACAAUUCACUCACUCUGGGAUGUACCACUACCUGUCUGUUGUGCGCUUCUUAACUGUAGAUUUUUUUGGUCUGUAGUUAGGCUGUCUGUGCUACAUGGGUGGAACACAGACAACACAGCAACUCGUGUGGUGUAACCACAGAACGGUAAAGCCUGGAUCGGUCAGCACUGUGAACCCCAAUUCAAAAGAAAAAAUUCUGCCUACUGUGGUAUUUAGGAAUAAAUCAAGAGAGGAGCCACACUGAGGAGUGGCCAGUCCACUGUCUGUGUCAGCUAAAGAUUGAGUACAUUACCUUUUGGGACAUGUUUAGUAAACAAGUUUAGUAAACAAGUACUAAAAAUGGCUUCUUUAUUGUACAUAAUUUUAAUGUCCAAAUACUUUUCCUACCCUAAAAUGGGGGUCUAUGUACAGACUGCUGUAAUUGCUAAAUGGUUUGUCUGAUAUGGAUUAAAAUACCUCCAAAUUAAACCUGACCGUCUGCACUUUAACUGCUGAAAUGCAGAGCAAAAAAGCAAACAAAUGUAGCACAACAUUUGCAGUGCACCAUACAUGAGAAACAACGUUAAGCCAUGACUCCAAAUCUGAGUCACAGCUGCAGUUGUCACAUGCAGUUUGGCUAAACAGAUGACAGUUUAUAACAGGAUUAUAUUAGCUUGCACUCUCCACUUGUGAUUAGCCUAAAACAAUCAGUCCCACCACAAAACUAGCAGGCUCAGACUAGACCUUAAAAACGGCUGAGAUAUGCACAUGUAGGCAUCUGAUCAUUAUGUUUUAUAAUCUACCAGGCACACGAAUGUAAUCUGUGGCUUCGUCAAAUAGGCCAUAUGUAACAUUGCCAGACUAGUUUUGGUGAGGGACCAUUACAGGAGCAGAUGGGAGUCGUUUAGAAAGCCAAUGGGUGCAGUAAGAAAAGCUGAGGGUCGGGGCAGGAUAAAGUGGAUAAGACUUCAUUUAUUUCCCCUUAUUGUGUAAAGUGUUUGGGUGACAAUGCUUUUUUUUAUUAAUCAAAUCCAUUAUGAGUUAAUUGGUCAGAAGAUGACUUACAUAUCUGGGCAGGCCCCAGUACUGCUGAUGACUACCUGGGUACGGCUGCUGGUUGAACCAUGUACCUCCCCAACCUGCAGACAAACAAACCAAAAGCUGGCGUUAUUGCUGUAAAUAUAGGAAACCCAAGACUUUAAUUAACCUGACAAAACAUAAUAUGUAAUUGCACAGCGAUGUAAUGCAUUUCUUUACAAUUGUCUACGUGGAGCACUGAGUAAGACAUUUAAUGAUAAUAAUGAUGUCCGAAACUGCAUACAGUGGUUCUAAAAUGCACAUGGUCUGCAAUCCAGAGAAGUAAAAUAACUGAUAUGAGGAAAAAAAGCAGUGACCUUUUUAAGAAGUGUUUUUAUUGCCAAGUCAGUUUCACAACAAACUAGGAAUUUUUCCUGGUCCGUUAGUGCAGCAAUUUUGUACAAAAGAAAUAAAAACAAUAAGAAUAGUGGACUGAGCAUUAAUAAAU